AUGGAAGAUUUUCCAAGUGUCUCUGCCUAUUGUCAGCACCUCAAAUCUUUGUCGUAUCAACUCAAGAAUGUCGGCUCUCCCGUCGACAACAAUAGACUAGUUCUUCAACUGGUCUCUGGUCUCACCGAACCCUACAAAGGUCUGGCCACUCUCAUUCGCCAACGUGAUCCUUUACCCCAAUUUUAUCAGGCCCGUUCGAUGCUCACUCUUGAAGAGGCCGACCUUGCUAGGAAGGCGGCACAUAAAUCCUCAUCAGUUAUGGUUACUCGUGAGUCAACUAGCUCGCAUGAUAUUGUUGAUCAUUCAUCUUCACACCGCAAUACUAAUGGUAGGAAGAGGAACCAAUACCACAACAAUAAUCGCAACAACAAUAGUGGUCGUAGAGGCAGCAAGGGUGGUAGCGGUGGUGGGGGUAAGGCUGGAGGUGGUGGUCAGAUGGGGGGUGGCAACAGCCGCGAUGGCGGACAACAGCCAACAGGUCAGCAUCCGCCACCUAAUUCUUCAUGGGCUGGAGGUCAGUCGUGGCCUUGGAUGGCACCAUGGGCUCCCUGGGCUAUACCUUCUUGUCCAAAUCCGUCAAACUCAUGGAUAAGGCCCAAUUAUGAACAGCAGCCGAAACAGUAG